GAAUUUCGGUACUAACAAGAUCGUUGGCUGAAAUUCGAAUUCGAUGGGUUUUGAAAAUACAUAGUUAAUACUAUCUGUCAACAAGUUGCUUGCAGUUACUUAGUUGGUGUUGUUGAAAAUAAGAAAUCAAAUUCUGUUGCCAACAAAAUAAAAGAAUUGAUAGUUGUGCAAAAUAACUUUGAUUGUUAUGAAAUUCGGAAAAUCGGUUUCUCACUUGAUGAUAUUAGUGUCUCCAUUUAAGUGCUAGUGUUGUGUUCUUGUGCAGAGUUUAAAGGAAACCUUUGUUUCCGAAAAAGUCUCAGUGAAAAGAUUUGAUAUUCUUCCUUUUCCCCAUAAAAGCAAGAAUUUUUAAAUAUUAAAUACAACAAAUUUAAUAAUUUUUUAGAAAAAAAAAUUCCCGAAAUAGAAAUUUAAUUAGUGCGUUUAAGCUCAUUACAGUACUUGUACAAAACGAACAACGUACAUCAUACACCCCCUGAAAAAGAGUAAAAAUAAAAUUGUAUAAAGAUGAAUGAAUAAAAACUAAACAAAACAUUUUAAAGCUUUAUUAAGAAAAAAAUUAAUAAUAAGAAUUCUUGGAAAUUAUAAAAACAUCUAAGAAAUGGAUAACUGGAAUGUCCUUGCUGUGCAGACAACAUCUUCAGCAAUUACCAGAGAUGCAUUGGGAAAUGUUUCGAGAGAAAAUUUGACUAUUGAAAAACUUCCCGAUAAAGUUCUUUUGCACAUCUUCUCGUACUUAUCGCAUCGUGAGAUCUGUCGUUUGGCCAGAAUUUGCCGUCGUUGGAGGCAAGUCGCCUAUGAUACCAGACUAUGGAAGAAUGUCUCGUUGCGACCCGAAGUUUCCGGUCUUCAUGUUGGAUCGUUGGAAUCAUUGUUGGCACUGAUUUCGGUUCGUUUUGGACCCACCUUGCGUUACAUUGAACUUCCAAUUGAAUUAAUCACACACACCGUGCUUCAUGAACUCUCGGCAAAGUGUCCAAAUCUCACCCAUAUGCUUUUGGAUUUUUCAACAGCUAUGCAACUUCACGAUUUCAGUGAAAUGCAGGCUUUCCCCACAAAGCUACGUUACAUGUGCAUUUGUUUGUCCGAAGUCAUCUUUAUGGAAGGUUUCAUGAGAAAAAUCUACAACUUCAUCAAUGGUCUGGAGGUGUUGCAUUUGAUUGGCACCUAUGAGAAGUGCGAAGAAGAAGAGGAGGAAAUUUAUGAAGUCAUCAAUGUGCACAAACUGAAGUCGGCUACUCCAAAUCUUCGAGUAAUCAAUCUUUAUGGCAUCAAUUUCAUCGAUGACUCGCAUAUUGAUGCAUUCAGUUCGAAUUGUAUCCAACUUGAAUGUUUGGCUGUGAAUUUCUGCAACAAAGUCACAGGAUCAACUUUGAAGGCUUUAAUUCAGCGAUCAAAGCAGUUGACAUGUCUCUUGAUGAAUGGAACAAGUCUUAAGUCUGAGUACGUAAUGCAGACCGAUUGGGAAAAGUGUGCCCUCCAAGAAUUGGACAUUACUGCAACAGAUUUGUCUGCUGAAUGUCUGAUCGAUAUGCUGACGAGGAUUCCAGCUCUGAAGUUUUUGUGUGCUGGACAGAUUAAUGGUUUCACUGACUCCGUGCUGAAGGCUUGGAUGGAAUCUGGAAUGUCAAGAUCACUUAUCUCUUUGGAUAUUGAUGCAUCUGACAACUUAUCAGACGAAGCUUUGCAGAAAUUCCUCUCACGACAUGGAAGUCAAUUAAUUGCAUGCUGUUUGUCAGGAAUGCCACAUAUUACAGAUCAAUUGUGGAUGAGCAUUCUUCCGUUGUUAACGAAUGCAAAGAUUCUAGUUAUGGGAACUUCUGAAAAACUUGGAGUCAAUAUUCAUGUUGAUCAGCUUAUGGAUAAUAUUGCAUCAAAUUGUGGAAGCUUGGAGCGUUUAGAAUUGCGAUGGGAUCCUGAUAACUUACGUUUCUCUGAUAAGAGUCAAAAAGCUAUUGAUUUGUUGCGUGUUAAAUGCUUGAAAUUGAGAUGCAUGGUUUUGAGUGAUGGACGCUACUACGAAACAGUGAAGGCUAAUUUUGAACGUGCCGAUCGUGUCACGGUCGUCCGUACAACAACCUGUUGCCGGGUAUCCCCCUACCAUUUGUUGCAAAAUUACAAUGAAUUAAUCUUCAAUUGAGUAACAUAACAAUGCUGCCUACGAGAGAGCGGAGAAAAACAAAGACAACAUUUUUCUCCUUUCUUCUAUUUUUGUUGAUUCUAGUCAAAUUAUUAUUUUUCGUGUUGUUCUUCUAAAUAUUGUUAUGUUUUGUAUUAUUUAUGUUUCUAUCCUCUAAGAUUAUAACAACAACAAAAAAAGAAAUAAAAAUACACAUUAGCAUAAAUUAAAA